CAACUCCGGUCCCUCUCAGUCGCGGCGGUGGCAUCCUGCUCGCAACACACGCUCUACGCCCGAUUCGAAAAGCGGCUGCCGCCGCCGCCGCCGCCGCCGCCUUCGUCAUCGUCGUCGUCGUUGUCGUCGUCGUCGUCGUCGUCGCCGGUCGCCUGCCUGCCUGCCUGCCUGCCUGCCUGCCUGCGCGCCGGUUUUCAAUCGGAUCACAUUUCCGGCGUGGGUGCGAGGGUCACUUUUUAACCGUUACAUCUGCCAAUGACGGCACCGCGAAACUCUCUAUGAUAAUUAAGAAGGAAACAGCGAUUCGGUUCUUCUUGCGACAGAGACGCCCUUUGUUGUCUUCUCUUUCAAAAUACUUGGUGGUUUCGUGUACGUGUUGCGCGUGCUCUGGAAUAAAGAGUGCCUUGCAAAAAUGAGAGAAAACUAAAAAAAAAAAAAAAACAAGUGUCGCCCCGUUAUCUUAUCGAAUUGAAAGUCAUCUGAAGCGACGUCUAAAAAGAUAAAGCUUCGUUUUCUUUUUGCUAAGACAGUGGCUUCUUUUAUUUAUUCUUGUUUCUCUCAGAAAGCCGCGAUACCGCUUGGGCGUUCAAUCAGUUUGCUUAAAAUAACCGUGAUCAGCAAGUUGGUAUCAAAUUAAUAAUCAGCAAUAAGCCGCCUGCAAAGAAGGACUCUCUCAAAAGUCCGCGCUCCUAGUGUUUCGCUUCUAAGUGCGAAUUUAAGUGUGUGGUUUUGUGGAAGUUUAUGGUUGUGGCGGUUUAUGGUUGCCGGGAGGGUGGAGCGCACAAUACCCGGUAUUUUUCAUCAUAAAAGGCAAGAAGUGCAGCACGUGUGCGGACGGAAACGGCGUGUGUGGCACUGAUGAGAGAAACUGUCGGUCGAGCUCUGAAUCGUCUCGGUGAUGCAUGGUAAUCUCCCCGCUGUCAUGUUGUCUAGUUUGCUGAUGCGGUUCAUUCAACCGGCGAUUGCGGGUACAUCGAUCGCAAUGAACACCAGGGUUAGUGCACCUUCUCACGAUAGUGACUCUUGCUCCUACCCAAGAUCAUCACUCGGGCGCAUUCUUAUCGGAGGUUCCUCCGAAGCGACAUGGCCAUCUUCGGCACUUUGAAGGAAAAACUUGACGUUGAGCUCUUUUACUUCAUGAAGAAAGUCUCUCCAUUUUAGCAGCGGGCAUGACGAUGGGAUUGCCCAAAGGAUAUCCUCUGACGGGACUAAUUAUUAUACCUGAGGCGGUAGCGGGUACCAUGACGAGGAUGAACCCGACUGAAGACCCAGGGACCCUUAAAGAGUGCAAAUGGGAGAGCUACCGUCUGAUAGUCUUCAAUCAGCAGCAACAGGUCACCGUUUGGACCUCCGUACCCGCUGCACGGUCAUCGGUACCGAAAACAUCGGUACGAAACAUGCCGUGGCUGAAAGACGACGAGCGAAUCAACAGCUCGACUUCGAAUCUGGUGUUCGUGGGCGUGAUGACGGCUCAAAAGUAUUUGGACACACGAGCCAAAGCCGUCUACGAGACGUGGGGCAAGGAGUUACCCGGCAAGAUAGUCUUCUUCUCGUCGGAGUCCUCGACGGUUCCCGAGAACUGUCCGGAUCUGCCUCUGGUGCCGCUUCCGCGAGUGGACGAUACCUAUCCACCGCAAAAGAAGUCGUUUAUGAUGCUGCAGUACAUGUGGAGCAACUUUGGCGAUCGCUUCGAGUGGUUCUUGAGAGCAGACGACGACGUAUACGUGAGGACAGACCGGUUGGAGACGCUAUUGAGGUCAGUCGAUUCCAGAAGAGCGAUGUACAUCGGACAGGCCGGCAGAGGGAACUCGGAGGAGUUCGGGUUGCUGUCAUUGGAUUACGACGAGAACUUCUGCAUGGGUGGUCCGGGAGUGGUGCUGUCCAGGGAGACGUUGAGAAGGAUCGUGCCGCACAUCAGAUACUGCCUGCGCCACUUGUACACCACGCACGAGGACGUCGAGCUGGGAAGAUGCGUGAAAAAGUACGCUGGGAUCCCCUGCACUUGGAGCUACGAGUAUACUCGUGAUGAUGCCGCACAGAUGCAGUCGAUUCUUUAUCACAACAGCAGCGGGGCCCAGGCGUUCACCGGAAAUCUCAAGAAGAAAGAGGUUCAUCGUGCCAUCACUUUGCAUCCUGUGAAAAGUCCGCCUCACAUGUACAGGCUGCACAAUUACAUGAGGGGAUUGCGAAUACAAGACCUGCAGCACGAGAAGAUUCGUUUGCACAGGGACAUUUACACGAUGGCCCAGGAGUCGGGAGUGAGCCUGGAAAGCUUGAAGAACUACGAGAUAGCGAAGGGCGUACGUCUAUUUCCGGUCGAUCCUAAUUCCGAAGAUUAUCCCGGCGACACGGACAUACUGGGUGUGCCGGCGAGUCUCCGUUCGUUUAAACCGGCGACGAGCGACGAAGUGAUCCCGUGGGACUUCCUCUUGAAAUUGGAAUACAGUUUGACUGAUUCUAAUCCGAGGCGACGUAUUCAUAGCGACAUUAAAGAGGGCCUAGAGGAUAUCACCAGGGAGGUCAUGGCUUCCAUUAAUUCCUAUUCAAGGCAGCGGGGCCGUGUGGUCGAAGAACGGUCCGCUCUUUACGGGUACAGGAGGGUGAAUUCUUACGGGGCUGACACAAUAUUAGAUCUCCUAUUGGUCUAUCGAAAGUACCGAGGCAGAAAGGUCACGCUUCCCGUCCGAAGACACGUUUAUCUCCAUCAACAUUUUACUGGUUUAGAAAUACGCGAGACCGUAAAUGGCGUCGAAGUCCAAUCUCGACAGGAAUCAGACGACAGAACUAUUCACAAUUUACUUUACGGUGGCUUUCUGAAUCUCAAUUUCUACUCUCAAGAGGAAGAUCCGGUGCAAAGUAAGAUCAUCAACUUUAUCCUACCUCUGUCAGGCCGCUACGAGAUCUUUCAAAGGUUCCUCCAAAACUACGAGGACAUCUGCUUGACUAGCGGCGAGAAGACGUCUCUGCUCGUCGUGCUCUACCAGCACAAGAGCGAGAACACCUUCAACAAAACGAUAGAUCUGAUCGAGCAGCUCAAGUACAAAUAUCGCAGUGCCAGCAUAGAGGUCCUACCGGUUUCCGGGGACUUUUCCAGAGCUCGAGCCCUGGAUUUGGGUGUGUCGAAGUUGCAGGCCGAUGAUCUAAUGCUGUUCAUCGACGUGGACAUCGUGUUUACGGGUUCGGCGCUCAACAGGAUACGCCUGAACACGCUACCGGGCCGAAGAAUAUACUUCCCAAUAGUCUUCAGUCAAUACGAUCCCAAAGUCGUUUAUGGCGACGCCAGGAAGCAGGACAAGUUCACCAUAAAUGAGAUCUCCGGACAUUGGAGGCAAUACGGCUUCGGAAUCGUUUCUCUGUACAAAAGCGACUAUCGUACCGUGGGCGGUCUGGAUCUUUCGAUUCAGGGCUGGGGCAAGGAAGACGUGGAGUUCUUCGAAAAGGCAGUCAAGUCGGACCUCGACGUCUUUAGGUCGGCGGAUAGGCAUCUGGUGCACGUGUAUCACGAGAUAGAGUGCAGCAACGAGCUUUCUAACCUUCAAUUGUCCAUGUGCAUUGGAUCCAAGGCAGACACGUACGCCGGAGUCGAGACUUUAGCCAACAUGAUUUACGGUAACCCGAACAUACUACGCUUCGCCAAAGAGAGGAGACAAGGGAGAACGAACCCCGCUGGUUAACGAUAGAUCUGCCAAAUUGAAAUUAUUGGGAAAAAUCAUGUUCUCAUUGAGAAAGAUUUUUAUUAGAAAUUGUAAAAGAAAUUGUAAAAAUCUUUUCUUUCGUUAGUGAGUUUCGCACUUCGGUAGUGAGUUUAGGCGAAUGAAUAUUGAUGAACUAUUUGAACCUUCGGUGCCAGAGUAUCUCGUUAGUCACGCUGUCUAUGUAAAUAUGGAGUAUGGUUGUGUGAAUCGCGUAAGCAAGUAAAAAAUCAAUACUCUGUUAUUUUAUUUUACGAAGAAAAGUGUACAUCGAAGCUUUAAUGUAAUUUUCAAGAAUUUGAUCGCGAAACAUGAUUGGUAUUACGAUUUUCGAAGAUAGAUCUGGCGAUCGUUAAAGAUCACCAAAGUCAUUGCAAGCAUGCUAAUAGAUUUGUUAUGUUAAGGAAAUACGUAAUAUGGUUUUCGUUGUUAGUUUGUGUGAUAAUAUUAUUCUCUACCGCCCAAUGACCUUUUUCUUUAUUGAGGCUAAAAACAGACAGAAUAUCGUUUUACAAAUGCAAUUGCUGAUAAUUCUGUAGGAAUCGAGCGUAAUGACAUGCAUUUAUAAAAUCGCCAAUCUAGAUUAUAACUUUAAGUGUUAUAAGUAAAUGUGAUAUUAUCGUGCCUUUAAAUAUUUUAAAAUAUUUCUCCACAAUUUCACGUACUGCCAAAUGUAAACACACCGUUACGACUACAUUUCGAUAUAGAUACUUCUAAAUUGUCUCAUUGUGCGCUUCGUAUUUUACAUAUUUACACGUAAAAGGCUCUGUCUGCAAUAAUCGGAAUAAUACUCACGCUUUAUUGAAUAAAAUUCUUAUGUUAAGUAA